AAAAAACUUGGGAGACUUGUUACCAGCCGUCACAAAUUCUUCUGCUCAACUUUCCAUCGUUCCACACUCAACUGGCCCAGGAGCGACACCGUUAAAAUGCCAUCCACGCACGAGAAGCCGAAGCCGUGGGAUACGGACGAUAUCGAUAAGUGGAAGAUCGAGGCUUUCACCCCGAAGGACAAUGUUGGCGGCACCUUUGCCGAGGAAUCGUCGUUUGCGACCCUCUUCCCCAAGUAUCGCGAAAUCUACCUCAAGGAGGCCUGGCCUCUCGUCACCCGAGCCCUCGAGAAGACCGGCAUCGCCUGCACCCUAGAUUUGGUCGAGGGUUCAAUGACUGUCAAGACGACCCGGAAAACCUUUGACCCCGCCUCCAUCCUCAACGCACGCGACCUAAUCAAGCUGUUGGCUCGAAGCGUCCCCGCGCCCCAGGCCGUCAAGAUCCUCGAGGAUGGCGUUGCCUGCGACAUCAUCAAGAUCCGAAACCUUGUGCGAAACAAGGACAGAUUCGUGAAACGCCGCCAACGAAUCCUCGGUCCCAACGGCUCGACCCUCAAGGCGCUUGAGCUGCUCACCCAGACAUACAUCCUCGUCCAUGGCAACACCGUGUCAGCUAUGGGCCCUUACAAGGGUCUGAAAGAAAUGCGAAGAGUCGUCGAGGACUGCAUGGCCAACAUCCACCCCAUCUACCACAUCAAGGAGCUCAUGAUCAAGCGCGAGCUCGCAAAGGACCCUGAGCUCGCCAACGAGAGCUGGGACCGCUUUCUCCCCAACUUCAAGAAGAAGAGCCUGAGCGCACGCCGUGUGCCACUCAACGUCACCGACAAGAGCAAGAAGGUGUACACGCCCUUCCCGCCUGCGCCCGAGAAGAGCAAGGUGGAUAUGCAGAUCGAGAGUGGCGAAUACUUCCUCGGCAAGGAGGCUAAGGACCGAGCCGCACAGAACGAGCGCAAGGAGAAACAGAAGAGCCGCAAGGAGGAGAAGGUUAAGGAGCGAGAGGCUGAGUUUGUGCCUCCCGAAGAGGGUGGUCGACCAAAGAAGAAGCGGAAGAAGUCUGAGGAGUAGGCGUAGGAUGGGCUUGUGUCUAUCUAGGUGGGCAACCGGAGUGAGUUGCAAUCCCAUUACAAAUGGGCUAUUGAGGUGUCUGAUACCCUUAAAAUUUACUUUGGCGU